UUCCCCGCGGAAGUCCCAGCUGCCAGGGAAGAAGAUGGCAGCCACUGAGACGCUACCUGGGACUGCGGCCGCCCGAGCGAACAAGCGCGGCGGCGGCGGCCAGGGCGGAGGAGGAACCCAGGGUACGGAGGAGGAGCCGCCGCCGCCCCUCCAGGCCGUUCUAGUGGCGGAUAGCUUCAAUCGCCGCUUCUUCCCCAUCUCCAAGGACCAGCCUCGGGUCCUCUUGCCCCUGGCCAAUGUGGCGCUAAUCGACUACACUCUGGAAUUUUUGACCGCCACCGGUGUGCAGGAAACCUUUGUCUUUUGCUGCUGGAAGGCUUCUCAGAUAAAAGAACACUUAUUGAAAUCCAAGUGGUGCCAUCCUACAUCCCCCAACGUUGUUCGAAUAAUUACAUCAGACCUAUACCGAUCACUAGGAGAUGUCCUCCGUGAUGUCGAUGCCAAGGCCUUGGUGCGCUCUGACUUCCUUCUGAUAUAUGGAGAUGUCGUCUCAAAUAUCAACAUUACCAAAGCCCUAGAGGAACACAGAUUAAGACGCAGGCUAGAAAAGAAUGUAUCUGUGAUGACGAUGAUCUUCAAAGAGUCAUCACCCAGCCACCCUACUCGCUGCCACGAGGACAAUGUGGUGGUGGCUGUGGACAGUGCCACCAACCGAAUCCUGCAUUUCCAGAAGACCCAAGGCCUGCGGAGGUUUUCUUUUCCCUUGAACCUGUUCCAGGGCAGUGGAGACGGAGUGGAGAUUCGCUAUGACUUGCUGGACUGUCACAUCAGCAUCUGCUCUCCUCAGGUAGCUCAACUCUUCACAGACAACUUUGACUAUCAAACUCGAGACGAUUUUGUACGAGGCCUGUUAGUGAAUGAGGAGGUCCUCGGAAACCAGAUCCACUUGCAUGUGACAAGUAGGGAGUAUGGUGCCCGGGUCUCCAACCUACACAUGUACUCAGCCGUUUGUGCUGACGUCAUCCGCCGAUGGGUCUACCCUCUCACUCCAGAAGUGAACUUCACUGACAGCACCACACAGAGCUAUACUCAUUCCCGACACAACAUCUACCGAGGGCCUCAAGUCAGCCUGGGCCACGGCAGUGUCCUGGAGGAAAAUGUGCUUCUGGGAGCUGGCACUGUCAUCGGCAGCAACUGCUCCAUCACCAACAGUGUCAUUGGCCCUAACUGCCACAUUGGUGAUAAUGUGGUGCUGAACCAGGCCUACCUGUGGCAGGGAGUUCAAGUGGCUGCUGGAUCACAAAUACACCAGUCUCUGCUCUGUGACAAAGCUGAAGUCAAGGAACGAGUUACUCUGAAGCCACACUGUGUCCUUACUUCCCAGGUGGUUGUGGGCCCAGAUAUCACGCUGCCUGAGGGCUCGGUGAUCUCUUUGCACUCUCCGGAUGCAGAGGAAGAUGAAGAUGAUGGCCAGUUUAGUGAUGAUUCUGGGGCUAAUCAGGAAAAGGAGAAAGUGAAGCUGAAAGGUUACAAUCCAGCAGAAGUAGGCUUUGAAGGCCAGGGAUACCUCUGGAAAGCUGCAGAUAUGAACACGACGGAAGAGGAGGAACUAGGGCAGAGUCUGUGGGGACUCACCAUCAAUAUGGAAGAGGAAAGUGAGACUGAGAGUGAGCGAAGUGUGGACUCUGAGGAGCUGGACAGCCGGGCCGGGUCCCCUCAACUGGAUGACGUCAAAGUCUUCCAGAAUGAGGUCCUGGGAACACUGCAGCGAGGCAAAGAGGAGAAUAUUUCCUGUGACAAUCUAGUCCUGGAGAUCAACUCUCUCAAGUAUGCCUACAACAUUAGCCUGAAGGAAGUGAUGCAGGUCCUGAGUCAUGUGGUCCUGGAGUUCCCCCUGCAGCAAAUGGACUCCCUGUUUGACACAAACCGCUACUGUGCCAUGCUGCUUCCUCUGCUCAAAGCCUGGAGCCCUGUUUUUAAGAACUACAUAAAGCGAGCAGCUGACCAUUUGGAAGCACUGGCAGCCAUCGAGGACUUCUUCUUGGAGCAUGAAGCUCUUGUUACUUCCAUGGCCAAGGUUCUGAUGGCUUUUUAUCAGCUGGAGAUCUUGGCUGAGGAAACAAUCUUGAGCUGGUUCAGUCAAAGAGACAUAACUGACAAAGGCCAGCAGUUGCGCAAGAAUGGGCAGCUGCAGAGGUUCAUCCAGUGGCUGAAAGAGGCAGAAGAGGAGUCAUCUGAAGAUGAUUGAUGGGGACUGCCGGCUCCUGUGCUGUGCUAUUUAUUGGUUGCCCUCCUAACAGACAGGGCAAAACAAGAAAACUAGCUGCAGAAGUGUGAAUGGCCACUUGAUGGAGCAGAAGUUGCAACUACAGUAUUCCUACUGCUGGCAACCGUGUGCGUCCCAUCCUGACUGGAGUUGGGAACGGGAGGUUAGACUGAAACAAAACUCUAGGGAAAAAUCUAGACAGACCCUGCAGUUGGAGGUAGACCAGAGCAAGCGCUUUGUUCUCCAUCUUUCCCUCAGGGAACAGUAAAGAGCAGCUGGCCCUCUCUGUUGUUUGUAUUUGUUAAUAUUAAAAAGAGGGGUGUAUUGGACUUCUCGCCAGCUCUGCCUGAUGAGCCAGGAGAAAACGUAUAUGAUCUGACUUAGCUGCUUUUAGCCAACACCUGGAGGGCAGGGAGAAAGGUUGUGGUGGCCACAAGAUGGUGCUAUGCUACCUGACUAAUUCCACUCCCUUGGCUCACAAGAAGUGGAUGGCUGAGCCGCCUUCCCAAGCUCCAUAGACCCGGCUGGUCUGUGUGGUGUGACAGAGCCUAUUUCCAUAGCCUUUCCUGGUGUGGACAAGCUCCACCUGAAGGUGAUGGUGCCAGGCGUAUGUGAAGCCAUGUGCCACUAGCCUUUUCCAGUGGACCCAGUACUGGUUCUGUCAGAGAUACUGGGCCAUGUUCACCUUAAAAGAUAAGGAAAUCCAUUGGAUGUAGGAGCACAGGCCUUUAAUCCCAGCACUGUGGAGGCAGAGGCAGCAGGCUCUCUAAGUUCAAGGCCAGCAGAGCUGUUAUGCGGAGAAACCCUGGAGUCAGUGGGAGAGUAAGGAAACCCACCUAAGAUGUUUUGAACCUUGCAGGACAUAACUAUAUACUUUAACCUUAUUAUCCAGAAUUUUGUCUGCUUCAGUGAAGUGCAAACUGUCCCAGAAGCAAAUGAAACCUAAAGCCAGAGUGGACGUGCUAAGAACAUAGGCGUUCCUGUGAAGUGUGCUUUCACUUACGCUGAGUUUAACGUGUGGCAGGAAUUCUAACCAUUCAUGUGCUGUUUCACUUGACCUUUGCCGUCCACCCUGUGAAGUAGCUCUUGUCAUUUUCUGAUGAGCUGCCUGCAGCUCAGAGAGGCCUCUGACCUUAGAACUGGAGUUUGUCGUUGUGUUAUGCAGCUCCUGUAACUCAGCACUCUCCUGUUGUGAGGUCUUUGUUGCCUUCAUAUAGGGUGAGUCAUUAAGUUUCUCUUGACAUUAACCUAUAGUAAAUGUCACACACUUGGUAUCAUAGGCAAAAUAGGCGCCUUUGUUUCAGGUGAGUGGAAAGGAAUAAGCUAAACGGGGCUAUUGAAUUCUACUUACGGGUGAAGAGGCAUUUUUGAAAAGGAAGAACAAAAAGAUCUUGGCAUAGUAGCAAUACUUGUCAGCACUUGGAAAGUGGAAGCCAGCCAUUCAAGGGUCCCAGGCUAGCCUGGGCUAUGGUCCAGGAUCCAGUGUCUGGAGAGAGCAUACAGAGAUGAUGGCCUGUACCUAUGGGACAGUUAAGAAGCUAUAAGACAUCUUGAUCUUGGCUAGGUGAUGGUGGCACAUAUGUUUAAUCCCAGCCCUCGGGAGGCAGAGGCAGGUGGAUCUCUCUGAAUUCAAGGCUAGCCUGGUUUACAGAGCCAAGAAGGCUCCAAACCUACACAGAAACCCUGUCUCAAAAACAAACAAACAAAAAGACAUCUUUAUCUGUUCAGAUAGUGCACAGAUCAGAAUUGACAGAACUUUAAGAAGGGAUUUUUCUAAUUAGGGUAGUAGAGGAGACUUCACCAAACUGCGUUGGUUAAAGUCGGCUCAGGAAGGAAGUAAAGCCAGAGCGCCUCCAAAGCAGAGACCUCCGAGCCCUGGGGGAGUGGUAGGAAGACGGAGAACAGGAGAAUUAGAUGUAAGGGCUAGAGAGAUGGCUCAGUGGGUAAGAACUCUUGUCCUUAGGACCCAUGUUUGACUCCCAGCGCCCACUGAGCAAACUCCAGUUCCAGGAUGCACAUGGUACAUAGACAUACAUGUGAGCAAAGCACUCAUUCACAUAAAUCUAAAGAUAAAAACUUCAUGGAAGCCAGGCGGUGGUGGUGCACGCCUUUUAUCCCAGCACUCGGGAGGCAGAGGUAGGCGGAUCUCUGGGAGUUCGAGGCCAGCCUGGUCUACAAGAGCUAGUUCCGGGACGGGCACCAAAGCUACAGAGAAACCCUGUCUCGAAAAACCAAAAAAAAAAAAAAAAAUCUUCAUGGAAUAAUAAAAGGUGGCUUAGAAUAGAUGAUUCUUGCUGGUGUAGAGUUAUUAACAAGCCAGUGUAAGGUCUAGCAUAGUGGUUCUCAAACUUCUGUGCUGCGAUCCUUUAAUACAGUUGCUUACAUGGUGACCCCAGACAUAAAAUUGUGUUGGUUCCUACUUCAUGGUUGUAAAUUUUCCUAGUGUUGCAAAUUGUAAUGUAAAUAUCUGUGUUUUCUGAUGAUUUUAGGCGAUAAAGGUUGUUUGAUUCCACCCAAAGUGGUUCUCUACCCACAGGUUGAGAACUGCUGGUCUAGAGCCUUAGGGGAAGGUAAAGGGUUAGAGGCAUGGAACAAGGAACUCAAGGAAAUCCAUGCACACAUACCAUUGCCACUUACAGACCGAGCCAGGGGACUGCCUCUUCUCUGCAAGAAAUAGUUAAGUCUGCGAGCAAUGGUAGGGAAAAAUCACCAAAGAAAAAUGUUUAAGAAGGUCAUGAAACCAGGCAUGGGGCAUGACUGUUAUGUCAAGAUCUGUGUAGAAGUUGCUGUGGUAAUAAGCACUUGGGAGGUGAAGGUAGGAGAAGAGAGGUCAGGAACUCGUGAUCAUCCUCAGUCACAAGCCAGUUUGAGGUCAGUCCAGGCUGCCACACCUCUCAGAAAAAAGGCACAGGUUUCCAGACCAAAGUCUGGGCUCCCAGCAUGAUAAAUCCUAUGGGAUUUCAAGAUGUCAGACUCUCGACUCCAUCAGAAAUGUGGUUGGGAUGGGGUAUUAAGUCGACUAAGGAGUUAAGGGAAACUAUGUGAGUGCUGGAACCUUGCAUCCACACAUUUACUUGAACCCCUCUAGACAAAAACAACUACAGGGAGGAAAAAUUGGCCUUUGAAUGUUGACACUUUCCUUUCCUUGACCUUCCCAAAGAAAGACUUCCCUGCUUUACCACUCUGCAAUGAGACUUAAUAGUGCCCCUUGCACACAGAGUUCCAACCUGCAUUUUUGUCCCUGCAUGCAAUAAAAGCCAAGG